UCUGUGAGUGGCUCAGCUUUGACUUCCUUGGUCAAAGGUCUUCCAGAGGCGCUACAGAGACAGUACGAGUAUGAGGAUUCCAUCGUCCGCAGUGGCAAGCAUCUGAUGCAUAGUCCCUUCUUCAAGGUCCUGGUAGCCCUGGCCUGUGACCUUGGCCUGGACACCAUGUCCUGCUGUGCCGAAGCUCACAAGUGGGCCUGGUUCCGCCGCUACUGCAAUGCUGCCAGGGUGGCUGUGGCCAUGGUGAAGAGGUUGCCUCUGCCGCAGUCGUUCACCGAGGAAGUCAUGAAGAAGAUCCAGGAUAUCGCUAGCGACAGUGACAGCAUCAGCAGGGUCCAUGAGAAACACUCUCUGUUCAAGCAAGAGCAUGAUGAGCAGUUGUUGCAGUGGAUGAACAGAAAACCUGAAGACUGGACCUUAUCUUGGGGAGGCAGUGGCCAGAUUUGGGUCUGGGGUCAUAACCACAGAGGUCAGCUUGGUGGCGUCGAAGGGGCCAAGGUGAAACUUCCACUGAGCUGUGAUGCCCUGGCCACUCUGAGACCUGUCCAGCUGAUUGGCGGAGAGCAGACGCUGUUUGCUGUGACUGCUGAUGGCAAGGUGUUUGGUACUGGCUAUGGGGCUGGCGGCCGCCUAGGAGUGGGCGGGACUGACUCUGUGGCGACGCCCACUCUGCUAGAAUCCAUCCAACACGUGGUGGUGAGAAAAUUGGCUGUCAACUCUGGAGGCAAACAUUGCCUGGCCCUGUCUGCAGAGGGGGAGGUCUACUCUUGGGGUGAGGGUGAGGAUGGUAAACUAGGCCAUGGUAACCGCAGCCCCUGUGAUAGACCACGUGUGAUUGAAUCUCUACGAGGAAAAGAGGUCAUCGACAUUGCAGCAGGAGGAGCUCACUCUGCUUGUAUAACUGCCAGCGGAGAACUGUACACCUGGGGGAAGGGGCGGUACGGCCGGCUGGGACAUGGAGACUCAGAGGAUCAGUCACGACCCAAACUGCUGGAGGCCCUGAAAGGCUUCCGUGUGAUUGAUGUGGCAUGUGGCAGCGGUGACGCGCAGACCCUGUGUAUCACAGAUGACGACAGUGUGUGGUCCUGGGGAGAUGGAGACUACGGCAAACUUGGACGAGGUGGCAGCGAUGGAUGUAAAGUGCCCAUGAAGGUGGAAGCCCUGCAGAGCCUGGGUGUGAUGAAAGUGGAGUGCGGCUCUCAGUUCUCUGUGGCUCUCACUAAGUCAGGAGCUGUGUACACAUGGGGAAAGGGAGACUAUCACCGGCUGGGGCAUGGCACAGACGACCAUGUCAGAAGACCUAGGAGAGUUACAGCCCUUCAGGGAAAGAAAGUCAUUGAUGUCGCUUGUGGAUCUUUGCACUGUGUAGCCUGCACUGAAGCAGGAGAAGUGUUCACCUGGGGAGACAACGACGAGGGUCAGCUAGGAGAUGGGACAACAAAUGCAAUUCAGCGGCCUCGUCUGGUUACUGCCCUUCAAGGUAAAAAGAUUAACCGGGUGGCUUGUGGAUCUGCUCACAGUCUUGCCUGGUCUACGCACAAACCAGUCAGUGCUGGACGCCUGCCAACCUCUAUUCCAAUGGAGUACAACCAUCUUCAGGGCUUUGAGAUGUCUGUAUUACGAAACAGGCUGGUGUUGCUGCAUCACUUUUCUGAGCUUUUCUGCCCUUGCAUUCCCAUGGUACAUCUCCAAGAAGGUGGCCGGGACCAGAGCAAGGAUGAUGUGUCCACAGGCCUGGAUGCCCUCAGAGGGCUUCUUGUGUCUUCUGCCAAGGAAACUGCAUUCCGCAAAGUUGUUCAGGCAACAAUGGUGAGAGAUAAACAACAUGGUCCAGUCAUUGAGCUCAACAGAAUUCAGGUGAAAAGAUCCCGUGUCAAAGGCGGCCUGGCAGGUCCAGAUGGCCUGAAAUCAGUAUUUGGUCAGAUGUCCCAGAGGUGCUCCCUCUUGACACUAGAGAGCCUCAUGUUGCCUCACCGUGUUUGGAAAGUCAAGUUUGUGGGUGAGGGAGUGGACGACUGUGGAGGAGGUUACAGCGAGUCCAUCGUGGAGAUGUGUGAAGAGUUACAGAAUGGCUCAGUUCCUUUGCUCAUUGUCACGCCCAAUGGCCGGGAUGAAUCUGGAGCCAAUCGCGAUUGUUUCUUGCUCAAUCCCAUGCUGCAUUCACCAGUACAUCAGAACAUGUUCAGGUUUCUAG